AUGGACCCCAGCGUCGACUACGGCGAGACUGCGACGUGCACCACCUGUCGCUUCAAGGAGGACAAGUCCAACUACUGGACUGCGGUCCUUUACUUCAAGCAUCCCAAUGGGAGCUUCAUUCGGGUCCCCCAAAUGGCGAACCACAAUACUGGUCCUGGUCUCCAAGCUGGUGGAAUGACAGUGUACUACUUCCAGCCUAUCCCACCCAGUAAGAACCUGGAGAUUGUUCCGUUCGCAAAGGGGUUCCGAAUGAUUACUGGAAACCCGAUGCGCCGUCGAGACGAUAUCCCGGAUGAGGACACUGCAGCUCGAGCGAUUACCUUUAGGUGCUUCCAUGGGGACGAUCCUGGUCCUUUCGGAACUCCUGGACGUGGUCCUGACGAUUCGAUCGAGUUCCCGAGGAAGCCUUGUUCUGGUGGUAUCCGUUCGAACAUCUUCUAUCCUCAAUGCUGGGACGGCGUUCAUCUCGAUACCCCCGACCAUUCGAGCCACGUCGCGCAUCCUCCGGGCGGAUUCUUCGGUACCGACUGCCCCGACUCUCACCCCGUGAGGCUGCCCCUUCUCUUCGUGGAGAUCGUAUGGGACACUCGUCCAUUCAACGAUCCGGAGCUCUGGCCCAAGGAUGGUGGCCAACCCUUCGUCUUCAGCAUGGGUGACCCCACCGGUUAUGGACAGCACGCUGACUACAUCUUCGGUUGGGAGGGUGAUUCCUUGAAACGUGCGAUGGAUGUCUGCACCUCUGGCGAUGGUAUCCCCGCCAACUGCCCAGUCUUGACUGUUCAAAGCACGCACGACAUGAAUACUUGUCAGCAAGCCAACAGAGUUCCUGAAGUCGUCGAAGACCAAUACCUCGACAAGCUCCCUGGAUGCAACCCGAUCCAGGAGGGACCUGAGCCCGCCACCCUUAUCCCUCCCUCGGAGUGCGAUGCGCCGUUCACGACUGUGAAUGUUCCGGACCCCACGGGUUCGCAGAAGGCGAUUGUCCCACCUUGGACGGUGUGUCACCCUGGUCCUGAGACCCAUCCUUUGGCUCCCCUUUGCGAAGAAACUCCCGCUCCGACUGCGGUCGAGGUUGUUGAGGCUAUCGUUACCCCUGCUCCUUGA